AUGCGCGUCAGACGAUUUGACAUUCUGAAUUUGCCACUUGUGCCCGCUUCCGAGCGGCUGACGGUCAAUCUACUUGCCGACCCAGUAACUCCAGAGCCUCGUUCCAUCGUAUCCGUCCCCGACUCUUCCCCUUCUCUGGUGCGCAGAUCGCGUCCGGUCGGCCAAGGCUCUCACUUCAGCUUUCUGUCGCCUUUGCCUCUCUCUUUUCCUUACGACUUUCCGCCUGAGCAAGAAGGCGAACAGUCGCUCGGAGAAAGACAUGAGGAGGAACGCGAGCAAGAUGAUCGAGACGAUACACAGCUCUCACCGGAGCAGAAGAAGCAAAAGGGCGAGCAAGCACACAAGAAACGCAUGCAGGAAGUCGAGCAUAUGUUGCAGCGAUACGAGCUGCAACUUGCUGACGAGCGAGACAGUGCCGCUGCAGACGCAUCGGUUUCGCCGAGCGGCGGCUUGACCGGCCAUGUCCCGCCGCGUCGGCGCCACCAACACUUCCCCUCUGCUCGCCUGCUGGGUGUUUCGCCUGCGGCUCUCCGCGACUGUCUUCCCCACCUCGAUAUAGGUGAUGCACUUGAGUGGAUUCAGAGCCACAACAUGAGCUCCGGUCCUAGCUCAUACAGCUCCGGUCCCAUCGCUGACGUCACUUUGACUGACGCCACGUCACCCGAGGCUGCUGCUCGCAAGACGCUCAGCGACUUUGUUUCUGGUCGACUGAUAGGAGCUCGUAUCGGCGCAAGCCCUGAUGAGCUCGUACAGGACGACCGCGCCGGAUACGGUACCAGAUACAUGCGCCUUCGCGAGAAAGUCAUCAAUGGCCAACAGCACGAGGAGCCCUCGGAGGAGCGCACGCUUCGCCGCUUAGCCGAACUCGAAAAGAAACGCGCUUCUGCCGACUCAUCUGACUAUGCUCCGUGGUCUCUGUGCUAUGCGGGCCAUCAAUUUGGCGUUUGGGCUGGACAGCUUGGCGAUGGCCGCGCGUUCACGUUGAUCGAGACCAAAAACCCCGAGACCAACGAGCGCUGGGAGAUUCAGCUCAAGGGUGCCGGUCGAACACCCUAUUCGCGAUUUGCUGACGGUCUCGCCACGCUCACCAGCAGCGUGCGAGAGUACCUCUGCAGCGAGGCCAUGGGCGCACUCGGUAUCCCGACCAGCCGUGCUCUUUCCAUUGUCUCGCUACCGGAGCUGCAUGUCGUGCGCGAGCGCCUCAACAUUGCCGCUAUCACCACGCGUCUGUGUCCGUCAUGGUUGCGCAUUGGCUCCUUCCAAAUUCACAGCUCGCGCAACGAGUGGGAGUCGGUCCGUGUACUCGGCGAGUACGUAUCUCACGACCUGUUCGGGUUCGAAGACGUUGUCAAGGGUGGACAUGUUGGCGAUGGGGCGCAGCGUCCUGUCUGGGCUCGCCGAAUGGUGGAAGAGGUGGCAACGAGAAAUGCAAAGACGAUCGGCCUGUGGCAAGUGUACGGCUUCAUGCAUGGCGUCAUGAAUACAGACAACAUCGCGCUCACUGGGCACACGAUCGAUUAUGGGCCGUACGCGUUCAUGGAUCUGUACGAUGAAAGCCAGAUCUGCAACCACUCGGACGGCGAAGGCAGAUAUGCAUAUCGACUCCAACCCACUAUGGGUGUAUUCGCCAUCCGAGAGCUGCUGAACGCGGUUGCGCCCGUGGUCGGCUUCGAGCUCGAGAACAACCGCGCGCCUGCACCCGGCGAGCUUCUUGCAGCGAGCUCAGCGCAGAUCGACGAGUGGCGCGAGCUGUGCUCGGACGAGUAUUCGGCCGAGCUCGAGAACGUGUUUACAAACACGCUUCUCGAGCAGUGGAAGCAAGCGUACCGUGCACGACUCGGGCUGCAAACAGAACAAGCCGAUGACAAGAGCGCGCUGAUUGACCCGCUGUGUUUGGUUCUGACGGAUCUCGAUUUCUCGACUACCUUGCGCAGGUUGUGUCAGUUGCCUGCGCUGCUCAAAGCACGCGGUGCUUCGGCUGGCGACGAGGAGAAGCUCAAAGAAGUCAUUGAUGCUUUCGUCGCUGGCGACGUCAAUACAGGUUUGGAACCGUGGUACGAUGUUUCGAUUCUCCCCGAAUACAUGCGGUCGCAGAAGGAGACGCAGGUGCGCACCUGGCUUCUCACGUACGCUUGCCGCUUGCUGAACGAAGGUCGGGACGGCGAUCAAGUAGCACAGGAGAUGAAGACGAAAAACCCACGCUUUGUGCUGCGCAACUGGGUCACCAACGAGGUUGCAAAGCGACUCGAAGACUUGAAUGAGACUGACGCGCUCGCUAAGGUGCUGGAGAUGGCAACUCAUCCAUUCCAAGAUUGGGGUCUGCCCAGACAAGGAAAGUCGGCAGAAGAGGUUGCAGAGGAAGCGCGCCUGUGUUCUCUUGGUCAACCGUUGACGGGUAAUUUGCCUUCGUGCUCUUCCUGA